AUGCAUGGUGCCUUCAUUGAGAAUCGCCUGUACCGCGAGUUGAAGGCCGUCGUUGACCCCGGCGAAUUUAACCGCUACGUGCAGGAGAACGCGCGACGCAGAAAGGAGCAGCGGUGGGAGAAUCGCAUCAGCAAGUUCAAACGCGUUGCUGCUGAUGACGACAACAACGACGACGGGGAGGCGCUGGCAGUGCACGAAUCUGACGCGACUAGCGUGGGCGCGAAGGGGAAGGCGCUGGCAGCUGCAAAGGCGGACCCACGGUUUCAGAAGGCUUUUGUGGGCAACAGUGCGUCCUCCUUUGCCCUCGACCCGUCCAACCCGGAGUACGCGAAGCUGCUGCAGGUCAUUAACGAGCGCCGCGCACAGGCGAGCCGUCGCCGCCAGCGGUACGAGUCGGAGCUCUUCACCAUCGUUCCCGACGCGGAGAGCGGCGACGACGCGGAGGGGCAGCAGCGGAACGGCCACAGCGACGACCACGACGAUGAUGGGGGUGAGCUGGACGCACGGCGGCAUCUAAAGGGCGUGCAGAGUAGCGGCAAGCAGAAACGACGGCGACAGCGGCAACGAACGCAGGCCGACGUGGUGGCGAACGGCAGCGGUGGCAGCCAACAAGAGCCUAAGCGGCAGGUGACGCUGUACGAGGUCAAGAAGGGUAGCCGUGUGUCCUUCACGAGCAACGACAAGGCUAUUCACGCGUCCCGCAAGCGACAGCGUCUAGAGAAGCUGCCGUUGGAGGAGCGGCUUCGACGGAUGUCCGCCAAGCGUUAG